UCAGAAUAGAAGCUUCACUUUACCUCACUUCAUCACCCUUCAGUUUCUUAUUUCCACUCACUAACACAAACACUAUCUUCACCAUGGACCAGACCAGUGUCCUUGCAUCUCAACUAUGCAGCUGCUUCAUCAUUCUUUUCCAUUUAACUCACUCACGUGCCGAUCUCCCCGGCACGUGGGAACUCCUCGUGGCCGACGCCGGCAUCGCCUCAAUGCACACGGCGGUGACCCGGUUCAACACGGUGGUCCUCUUAGACCGAACAAACAUCGGUCCAUCCCGCAAACUCCUCCCCAAAGGUCACUGCCGUUUCGACAAAAACGACGCCGUAUUGAAGCUUGACUGCUACGCUCACUCCGUCCUCCUCGACCUCCACACCAACCAAAUUAGACCGUUAAAAAUCCUCACCGACACGUGGUGCUCAUCGGGGCAGUUUCUCCCAAACGGCACUCUCCUCCAAACCGGUGGCGACUUAGACGGCUUCAAAAAGAUCCGAAAAAUAGACCCGUGUGACAUAAAUGGGUCAUGCGAUUGGGUUGAGCUAAACGACGUCGAAUUAACGGAAGGUCGCUGGUACGCAUCGAAUCAGAUCCUCCCUGACGGUUCCGUUAUCAUAGUUGGUGGACGUGGCUCCAACACCGUCGAAUUCUACCCGAAACGCAUAAACGGUGCCGUCUCGUUCCCGUUCCUUCUUGAAGCAGAAGACACGCAAAUGGAUAACCUCUACCCUUACGUUCAUCUUCUCCCAAAUGGUCACCUCUUCGUGUUCGCGAACACGAAGGCGGUGAUGUACGAUUACACCAAGAACAUAGUCCUUACGGUGUACCCGCAGCUAGACGGUGGUCCACGGAAUUACCCCUCCGCGGGGUCCUCCGUCAUGCUUGCGUUGCAAGGAGAUUAUUCCAAUGCGGAGAUUGUUAUCUGCGGCGGAGCACAGUACGGUGCGUUUCUUGAGCGGAGUACGGAUACUCCGGCUCACGGAAGCUGCGGCCGGAUCUCUGCAACUCAAACUGAUCCGGUUUGGGUCACGGAGGACAUGCCGUAUGGGAGGAUAAUGGGAGACAUGGUAAUGCUACCAAACGGCGACGUUUUGAUCAUUAACGGCGCUAUGUCGGGUUCGCAGGGAUUUGACAUGGCCUCGAAUCCCUGUUUGAACCCGGUUCUUUACCGGCCUAACGAACCGUUAGGCCUUCGGUUCAUGGUUCUGAACCCGGGAACGGUUCCCAGGAUGUACCAUUCAACUGCGAAUUUGUUACCCGAUGGAAGGGUGCUUCUUGCAGGGAGCAACCCGCACGUGUUCUAUACGUUCGAUGCUGAAUUUCCAACGGAAUUGAGAAUUGAAGCGUUUUCUCCCGAGUAUUUGGGUCCGGAUAAGGCGAAUAUCCGACCCGAGAUUUUGGAGGUUCCCGAAACGGUGCUUUUUGGAGCGACGUUUAAUGUGAUUGUGUCGGUUGAGUUGCCUGUGGUGGAAAUUGUGGAGGUGAAUUUGGCGAGUGCGCCUUUUGCAACGCACUCAUUUUCACAGGGUCAACGUUUGGUCAAACUAGCGGUUACUUCUGCUGUGCCGGACGGUGGUGUUGGUAGGUAUAGGAUUGGGUGUACGGCGCCGCCGAAUGGGAUGGUUGCGCCACCGGGUUAUUACAUGGUGUUCGCCGUGAAUCAAGGCGUGCCUAGCGUUGCACGUUGGGUGCACGUGUCGUAGUAGCUUCGGCAAUCUUUUUUAAAAAAAAAAAAAUCAUGUUGGGUUCUGAUUUUUCGAAACUUGAAAAAUUUGGAACAUUGGGAUUGUAUUUGAUUACAGCAAAACAUUUUUAGUUUUGGAUUCUGCAAUUGUUAAUAGUAUUAAAAGGAACGGAUAGUUUACGCAGUUGGUUGAUUUGUGUUCAGUAAUGAAUUAUAUGAUCAAAUGGAAUAUUAUUGAAUUAUUGGUUUAGUUU